GGUGUUCAAAUGAAGCUCACAUAUAAAUCUGUUGCAGUCAUCAUCUUUUUUCAAUUUAUUUUGGCAGUUUGCAUUUUUAUAAAUGCAAAAUGGAAUCAAUCAAAUGCAAUUAAAUAUUCUAAUAAAUAUCUCAAUCAUAGCAGACCAACAGAGCAUGCAAUAUCAGCAAAAAUACAGCACGAUAAUAAAUCAGUAACAAUCCUCUUGUGGAACUGGCCCUAUGGAUAUCACUUUGAGACUGACAAAUGUGACGCAUGGUUUAACAUUCCUGGGUGUCACUUCACAGAUGACAAAAAUUUAUACUCACAAGCAGAUGCUGUCAUUAUUUUCCACAGAGGUGCCCAUUACAGCAGGAAAUACCUACCCCAAGGAGAACGCCCACUACACCAAUGGUGGAUCUGGUUCAACAGUGAGUCACCAAGUCACAGCCCAAACCUGGAACUCAUGAACAACCUGUUUAAUCUGACCAUGACAUACAGAAGUGAUUCUGAUAUAUUUGUUCCCUAUGGUGUCCUGGAGAUGACAAAGGAGCCGAACAAUUAUUCAAUUCCUAAGAAGGACAAAUUAGUUGCCUGGGCUGUUAGCAACUGGAAUCCAAAUUCCAGAAGAGUUCAGUACUAUCAAGAGUUAAAGAAAUAUAUUAAUAUUGAUGUGUAUGGAAAAAGUCAUCAACUGCUUGAUCGUAAAAUGCUUCAUGCUACUCUUUCUCAGUAUAAAUUCUACCUCACAUUUGAGAAUUCUGUUCAUACUGAUUAUAUCACUGAGAAAUUAUGGCGUAACGCAUUUAUUUCUGGAGCUGUGCCUAUAGUUUUGGGUCCUCCUAGAGAAAACUAUGAAAAGUUCAUUCCUCCAGGCUCUUUUAUUCAUAUAGAAGACUUUGACACAGUAGAACAAAUGGCCAAAUAUCUAAUAGAACUAGACAGAGAUGAGAAGAAAUACAGGAAGUACUUUGUAUGGAGACAACAAUUUGUAUCAAAACCAGCCACAUAUGUUACUCAUUACUGCAAAGCAUGCAAAGCUAUCAAAGAGGCAACUGACUAUAAAACAGUGACAAACCUUGCCAGUUGGUUUAGGUCUUAAUAUGGACUUGAUCACCUGCAUAAUAAUCUCAAUUUUAGUUUAUGCUUUUAUCAGAGCUCUCAACUUAAUCGGGACAAAUCUUAGAAAAAUCAGGGACAAAUCCAGAAAUAAUCAGGGACAGUUGGGGACAUUUUUGAAAUAUUAGUACUAUUAACUUGAAUUAUUGACCGAAUAAGAAAUUAAUUAAUAUGCAUUUUCUGAUGUAAAACAGGUGUAUAACUCUAAUUAUUAUCAUUAUUUAUAAAGUGCAACUCACCACUUUUUCUCCACAAGUCACCAAUUUUAGGAUGGAUGAAGAGGGACAAAGCUAAACUUUGAGUCAAAAUCAGGGACAUCCCAGAAAAUCAGAGACAGUUGAGAGAGGUAUGGCUUUCACAAAAAUGUGUCUUGUUUCUCUUGUUCCUCCAUAGGGCCAGCCCAGUAGCUCCACUACCUUUACUCAACUAUCCUGUUUGCUCAAACAAGCCAAGAGAAAGGGAUCCCUUGGCUAGGAGAGUGUCCUAAGACCCAUCUACUGCUGCCAUGGGUACCAUAUCAGCCCAUUCAGUCCCCCAGUGGCAAGAUUUAGGUGCUUCAGAGAAGGCCAGCUUUCAGUUUCUACAAAGAGGCCUAACCUCGAACUUGAAGUCCCUCCCACUCCAUGAAAUGCACUCACUGCUGCCUGCUGCAGGAAGUGUACUUCUGCAUGCUGACUUCCAGAGAGGCAGGAGGUACUCAGCAGACCUGUGCUUCACAGGUGUAAUACCCAGGGCUUCUUCUUGGUGCCACUGAAAUGGCAAGCCCAGUGCUGCCUCCCUCCCCUGAGGACUGGCAAGCAGGCAACUGUACUCCUUCCCAUUCACCCUCUGCAUAUCUUUCAACAUCUGAGCUAUGAGUCAAAUGUGUUUUGUUUUAUAUUUAUACUGAAAAUCAUUAUUAAAGAAGGCAAUAUCACUGAAUAUAAAAUGUUUUCCUCCACAUCACUUCAGGCAUGUUGUUGGCCCAUAAAUGCAUCCUUCUUGGGAAAUUUACCACUAUCUUCUUUUGUAUAACUUAUAUGGCUACCUCACUAAAUAACUUAACAAGUGACCGAAUUAAUAAUACCCAUAUCCGUCAGAUAGCAUAAAUAAGACAAUUUAAUCCUAAAGUAAUUACUCUCUGGCCCAACCUUAUAUAUACUGUCUUUUUCCAUUUCCAGCAUAAGCACAAUAAAAAUAUCAUCAGUUUUGGCAGAUAAAAGGUCUGCAUGAACUCCAUCCUAUACAUCUCACCUUAAUGUUACAUGUCAUUCCAUCUGUCUGUCUCUUUAUUCAGUAAUGAUUCCAGGCUACCUGCAUUUGUCACCCACAACUGCAUGUUCUCCCACAAAUGCAGGGAGGGCAUGCAGACUCUGCACAGAAGGCACCCCAGCUGAGAAUCAAACUGGAGGACCUUUUGCUGGGAGGUGACAAUGCUACCGCUGCACCACUGUGCCAUCAAGAUUAAGAACAUGGUCCUGAUUUUAAAAUGUUGCUAUGGUGCAGUUGCUUAUGAAAUAAUAGGAAGAAAGCAAUCUGAUCUAGAAAACAUUAUCUAUGUUCUGCUACACAGUAAUUAAUUAACCCAAAAUACUUACACUGCAAAUGGAUAAACAGCAACUAACUCCUGAUGAUGUAGAAAUCAUUCCCUAUAUUCUGAUUAUGAAUUUCUUAUUUGUUCUAGAUCUCUGACACACAACACAUGACCAUUUGGUAAUACCAAUCCAGCAUUAACAACCCUCUGUGUGACCUUGUCAUGAUACCACAAAUCCACUUAAAGUAUCAUUACCUGACAAUGUUAUAAAAGAAAUUCCAAACUAAAAAGCUUCUGGUGGGGCUGAUAUUAUCUCUUGCCAACAAUGAUUCUUCAAGAAAACCUAGUCAUUUGUGGUUUCUUCUUCAUAUUUUAUGUAAGAGAAUGUGUGAGACAAGUGUUGCUUACAGGAACAGCAGACAGAGUCCCUUCCCACAAGCAAUAACAUCAUUACUUUUGACUUUCACCAUCUUAAAACAAAUGGUUUGCCUUUAUACUGCACACAUUUUGACUAAGGUAACAGUGUCAUUGAUAUGGAUGGCACAGUGGUGCAGUGGUAGUGUGUCACCUCACCAUAAAAAGUUCUCUGGUUUGAUUC